AUGAGCUAGCAGAAAAAUUUGCCUCAUCCAAGACAAUUGACUAAAAUUCUGAACUCGCAUAAACUUUAGUAGCCCUUGAAAAUCAAUAAGACUUUGAUUGACUUAGUUUAAAGAGAUGCUCACUAUUAAGGAUUAAAAGAUGUUUAGAUUCCACCAUUAGUUAUCAGGAAGUGUGAGAAAUAUCACGAGGAUAGAGAAAGGGUGCUGAGAAUUAUUAGAGAAAAGCUGAUAAAGUAAAUGGGGGAAAAGGCAAGAGUGAUUCGGGAUGAAAGAAGAGAACGAAUUUUAAAUAAAUCAACAAAUAAUCAGAGCAGAUUCCUAAAGAAAGAUAGAAUAGAUCCAGAAGAAGAUAGAGCUUAGAAAGAGAUAGAGAGAUAGCUAAGAAUGGAUGGGUAAACUGGCUUGCAAGAGACAGAUGUAUUUAUACUUAAGAAUGUUUUGGAAGUGCUGCCGUAAGAACUAUUUGAAUAGAAGCUGAAGAAAGACUCUCUUGAUAUGGAUGAAAGAGAUAUACAUGAAAUGCUUUUAAGCUACAGAAGCAGAAAGAAGCCUAAAACAGUUUAGAAAUAAAUGGUGAGGACUCGAAGUGAAUUCAAUCUAACUAAGCAGACUAAUCUCACUAAGUACGAUGUAGUAGCAUAGACUAAAUAUCUUAGAUCAUACUUUGAAAAAGAAAAGCCAGAAUCAAAUAGCAAAUCAAGUAGUAAAUAAAAAUUUGGACUCAGUCGAUAAAAAUCAUUUGUUAAUUCUAGUAGAGAAGCAAUGACAUCUUCUCCUUAGAGAGAUCUAUUUAGUUUGAGAAAAAAUAGUUAGAGCAUGAGUUUUUACUCAGGAAUUAAAGGUUACUUAGGGUCUCGAUAGUUCUAGAGUGAUGAGCUCUUUGAGGGUAUGUAACCAGAUCUUAGGAAAAAGAUGUAUUAGCAUAUGAAUCAAACUUAAUCUCUUUUUCAAGGAGCUUAGAUUUCAAAUCAAUUGUAAACGAAUUCUAUUGUAAAUCAUGGAUAUCUUAAUUUUGACAAAAUCAGGAAUUAAGCUAGAUAUAUCAAUAGCUAAUUUCUCAGAGAUUUAAAUGCCUUUAGAAAUAAAGUUUAAGAUAAGUCCUUUAUCAAUGGAUACGGUAGAAAUGAAUGA